AUUGCUUUCAUACAAAAUAUCAAUGAAAAUAUGUUAAAAAAUUGAUCUGUUUAGCAAAUAGAUAUCCAAAAAAAUAAGCGCAAAAAUACAAUUCAAUUUAGGAGAAAAAGCGAAAGACAGUGUAAAAAAAAAACUAUCCAAAUCGAACGUAUCAUAAAAAAGAAGAAGAUUUUUCGUAUUCUGUAAAAUGGACAUUAAAUCUAUGCCUGCAUCAGAACAUCAAGAACGUGAACGGCAAACGAUUAAUAUUUUAGAGAAAUUAAUUAAGCAUAAUAGUGAAUACGGUGCUGAUUCAGAUCUAUCAAACAGUACCGGUGAAUCGCAACAUUUGGAAAAAAGUCUACGUAAUGUUAAAAACUUUCAAAAAAUAAUGGAAAAGUUUAAAAUUGACGGCAACGUUGAAAAUCUAAUACAAGAAACCUAUAAAGACGAUGAAAUCUGUCUCGGUGACACCUCACGAAAAUUCGGAUCAAUUACACCAAGGCACACAAUUGACGCAAUUCUUGGAUUGAAAAACUGUGAAAAACUAUUGGAUGGCGGAAAAAAUCAUGUAAAUGACUUGCGUUCGGAUGCAUUAAAACGCAUUAGAGCGUCUGACAAUCAACUAAUCACUAAAGAACAUUUCAUUCGAUUGGAAGCCGAUAAAUGUCAAUCAGGCGGCAGUGUGUAUGAUCAAUCAACAUCGGGCCCAGUUACCGAAUUUGAUUACAGCCAAAAUGCAACUACACUAAAAGAGCAUAAAUCAUAUUUUAUGGAAAAAUCGUAUUACAAUUCGGAUCAACGAAAUCGACCUUGUGAUUCAUAUGGUGGUUCGAUCGAUGGUAGCAACGGUAACAUUGGCACCAUUGCAAAUACAAAUGACAAAAAUAAUCAUUCACAUGAACACGAUUUUGAUGAAUCGGUGUCGAUGAACGGUGAUAACUAUUUAGUGUCUAGCAGUGGCAGCAACACCGACAACAAUAGAACAACACAUCGGAAUGCAAAACGAAAGCAUGCCAAAGACGAUGCAAUUACCGAUGGCGAUAAUAACAGUGUAUUCCAUAAAAUGUAUAAGAAUAAUUGUGGCGAUAUAAUGCAAAGUAAAUUCGAGUAUCUUAGCAGUUUUGAUGGCAUCCGACCGAGAAAUAUUGAUGAAAUGCAAAAUGAUGACCAUCAUCGAAUGAUUGACGGUUCGGACAAUGAUUAUCGUAACAUGUCUGGCGAUAUGAAUGCAAAUCGAUGUGGGGGUGGUGUUGGCAUCGGCGGCGGUGGUGGUGGUAGUGAUGAUGGUGCCACAAAUAUUAAUGUAAAUUAUGCAUCGAGCGAUGACUUGAAUCAAACAAAUACCAGUGAACACGAUGACAAAAAUCUCUCAGGCAGUGACGAUGAAAGUGGUGCACCAGAUGAUGCCUGCAACAAGAAAAAGCAUCGACGAAACCGCACCACAUUUACCACAUACCAAUUGCAUGAGUUGGAACGAGCUUUUGAGAAGUCACACUAUCCAGAUGUUUAUUCACGUGAAGAGCUAGCGAUGAAAGUUAAUUUGCCCGAAGUGCGCGUACAGGUUUGGUUUCAAAAUCGUCGAGCCAAAUGGAGACGUCAAGAGAAAUCGGAAAGUUUACGUCUUGGAUUGUCGCACUUUUCUCAAUUGCCUCACCGCAUGGGCUGCAAUGGUAGUCUGCCAAUGGAUACAUGGUUGUCACCGCCUCUUCUCUCUGCGCUACCAGGCUUUUUGUCACAUCCACAAACGGUUUAUCCGAGUUAUUUGACGCCACCAUUGAGUUUAACGCCAGCAAAUAUUGCAAUGUCCGGUCUUGGUUUGGCACAUCCACAAAAUAUGCGAUUAUCAUCGCCUCAACAUCCAAACGGUCCAUCUGGUUUAUCAUCGCAGAUGUUAGCAACGCAUCGUCAUACACCGCCGAAUCAAAUUCCAUUACCGCCAGCAGCUGUAUUGGCUGCACAAGCACAGUCCCUACCUCCGAUCGCGCCAAUUUCAUCGCCACAAAAUUUAACAACCAAUUCGCAAGUAAUUAGCGCCCGAUCGAGCAAUGCCCGUAUCAUAUCACCAAAUUCAUCGUCAUCGCCCGAAAAUUUAUCCAAUUCAAAUGAUAAAUUGAUGUCGACACAAUUAAGCCAGUAUGACGAUAAUAGCGAUACGCUCAACGAUCUCGGUUCAAAUAAUAAAGAUGUCGGACUGAACACCGACAUGAGAACCAAUUCCAUAGCCACAUUACGUAUCAAAGCUAAAGAGCAUUUAGAAAGUAUAAACAAAGGUUUGGCCAUGGCCUAAUAGCACAUAUCUAAAUCAUGCCAAUAUACAAUUUUGUUUAUAUUAAUCAAAUAAUUCUUCCUUCACGUUUAUUUUUUGUAACAUUUAAACUGUAUUUUUUUUUCUCUUGUGGUUUGAAUCUUAUAUGAGUUUAAAUUUAAUUCUUUUUCCCUUAUUUCAUAACCAAGUAAAAUUUUAACCACCAUCUGUAUUUCGGUUAUGCAUAAUUAGCAUGAUAAUUUAUUUAACGAAAAUAUAUGCGUCAACAUUAAAAUUCGCAUUGGAUUACAGUUAUGACGACGACCAAUGUGAUUACUUAAUGCUGACACACAAUUUUUGAUUAUGUCUCGAAAUUCAAGUAAUUGAAAAGUGACAACAAAAAAAACCAAUGUACGUAUAAUGAUUCUUAUAACCUCUACGUGAAUACCACAAAUAAAUGAUAGAAACACCAUUUUCAGUGAAUAUGCGAAUAGUAAUAGUGCGAAAAACAUGAAUUCAGCUGAAAAAUCACAAAAAAAUUUAUCAACAAUAGUUGUAUUAAUAUAAACAGUAUGAUAACAUAAUGAUAUUAAUAAAAAAAAAUAAAAAAAAAUUAUAAUGAAUAAG